CACUCCUGGCCGAGCGGAGCCGACGGGAGCAUCACCUGUGCGGCCGCCGAGCGCUGUGGGGGGACGCCGACGACCGCGCGACCACGGGCGUGACCACCACCACCACCACCACGAGCACCAGCAUGGCGGCGUCGUCGGCGAGCUCGUCGUCACCGGGACCACCAUCGCCACUGCAGCCGCCACCGCCACCUCCUCGUCGCCCACGUCGUCACGGCGCGCCCGCCGCCGUUGUCACGGUGACAGCAGCGUGACGAUACCGUCACAUCCAAGACACCAGCAGCAAGUGUGUGUGUGUGUGCGCAAGACAAGUGAUCAAGUGUGCAACUAAGGUGCAGUGUGUGUGCAGUGAGAUGAGCGUCAGUGACCAGACGCGGCUCUCGGUGCAUCGGAGUGCAUCUGUGACUGCAGCAGCAACGGCAGCACCCUAGGAGUAGCAGCACCCUGCCAUGGCGCUGUUUCAAGAGAUGUGGCAGGACAUCGAGACGGUGAUCCUGGGCGUGGGCGUGCCCGGGGCGCCGGCGGCGGCCGUGUCUGUUGGCGCCGCGGCCCAGAACGGCGACGUCCCUCGCGAGCCGUCCGGGCCGAGCGGGCCGACGGCCGCGCCGUCGUCGUCGUCCUCGGGGGACGGCAAGGGGGACGCCUUCCCGCCGACGUCGUCGUCCCCGAACGAGUCCGUGUACUACAGCGACCUCGGCGUGAACAAGGGCCCGGGCCCCGGCGGGCCCCCGGGUCCCGGCCCCGGCGACCAGCAGGUGCCCGUCGUCUCGCCCUCGCCGUUCUACCUCUCGCCGUCGUCCACCACGCCCGUGCCCGCGGCGGAGGACGAGUUCGGCGGCAUGCUGGUGAAGCCCGAGCCGCCGUCGCUGUACCUGGGCGGCGCGGCCGCCGUCACGUCGCAGGCGUGCUCGGUGGCGAGCUCGGCGACCACCGCGUCGACGGUGUCCACGUCCGUCAAGAGCGAGCCGACGUACCACGGCGGCGAGCCGCAGCUGCAGUUCCUGCCGCGGCAGCCCGUGCCCGCCUACCCGUACCAGCAGUUCCACCACCACCAGGGCCAGCAGGGCCCGCCCAUGGGCGCCGGCAUCCCGCUGGGGCACAUCUCGCCGCCGGGCACCCCGGACAACCUGGGCGGCUUCUACCACCUGCCGCACCACCACCACAACCACCACAACCACCACCAGGGCGAGCCGCACCCGGGGCCCUUCCACCCGUUCCCGCGGCACGUCCAGCCGCAGCCGCCGCCGCCUCACGCGCACGGUCACCACAAGUCGCACUUCAAGAUCCUGACGCCGCCGUCGUCGCCGCACCUGACGGGCAGCCAGCUGCCUCACCUGCAGCACCUGUCGCACCAGCCACCCAGCUACCCGCUGCACCCGCGGCACCUGCCGCUGCCGCCGCCGCCCGGCCCGCCCCCGGGGCCGCCGGGGCCGCCGCCGCCCGCGGGGUCCUCGUCGGCGACCACCGCGCCGUCGACCGGGUCCGGGUCCACGCCGGCCAAGCCGCGCCGGCGGCGGAACUGGUCGCGGCGGAAAGUGAUCGUGCACACGUGCGGGCAGCCGGGCUGCGGCAAGACGUACACCAAGUCGUCGCACCUCAAGGCGCACCUCCGCACGCACACGGGCGAGAAGCCCUACCAGUGCGGCUGGAAGGGCUGCGGCUGGAAGUUCGCGCGCUCCGACGAGCUGACCCGGCACUACCGCAAGCACACCGGCGACCGGCCCUUCCAGUGCCGGCUGUGCGACCGCUCCUUCUCCAGGUCGGACCACCUCUCCCUCCACAUGAAGAGGCACAUGACCAUGUGAUCCGAGGAGUGAGGUGCGGGAAAGAUAGUGACUUUGCGUUCCGUGUGGGGAUAAGUGAUUUAGGUCUGAUUUUUUUUUAGGUUAAUCCGGACUUGUUUUCUUUUUGUAUUGUUAAUGGAAUUGUGGAUUUGUCAUGGAUCCCCCCGGUGGCCAGCGUCCCGGGUCCACGUUGUUCCUAUCGGGGAUUGUGCUGCCAAAGCUGCGAACCCCACCUGUAGUGUGUUAUGAUUUCGUCCAUGCCAGUCAAUUAAGGGUAAUAUUAUUCAUGACUACAUGAACGUGAUUUUAAGUAAAUUUACUUAAACUUACGCCAAAAAACUAUUAUUGUUGUAAGAAAUCGUGAUAAAGUUACAAACGUAAAGAAAGAACGGGUUUGCUGUGCUGUGCAAAAUCCUCAGACGGUUUUUGCGUAUUUUCUUAAAUUAUUCUUUAAAUAGGGACUAGAGAAUAAUUGUUAUAGCUCUCAUUGAUCGCACUUAUCUUUGGAGAACUCAGUCGGACAUUUACACUUACGGAUUUACGGACCUCCAAGGUUUGUUCCGCAUUCUCUACGGAAUAAAGUCCCGCGAACAUCUCGGUUUACAAAUUGACGUGUACUUUUCCGAACUCUUUUUCGUGGGUUUUUUUCAAUGUAAACGCUGUGCGACUGACCCGUGUUCGCAUCGCCAUUUUGAAGGAAGCAGAGUCAGAUAUCUCUUAUAGUCAGCCGCUCGGAAGCCCCUCCUUUUCUCCUUGUUGCAAUGCCUUGUCGGGUAUUUCUCCCUGCCGGGAGGGUGAAAGUUUGAACUUGCCGCCCUUUUAUUAAUUAAUGCCGUUGCUCGACCCAAUUUAGAGACGCGCUUUGGGCGCUCGCCGCAGCGCGUGCAGUAAAGUGAACAACCCGUGCCAUGUCGUGUCGAUUGGACGAGAAGUCCGUGUAGUACGAGCACAAACGCUGCCCGGACGAUUUCUGGUCGGCGUGCUCUAGGUCAGCCAAUGCACCUCCGGUAUCUAAGAUGUCUGUUAUCUGAAUCUGCUGCUGCCGGGCUUGUGUGGCAGCGAACCUGCACAGAUUCCUGUACAAAAUAGAUGUUAUUUAUUUUUUAAAUGCGAAUCGAUAUAUUUUUUCUUGUAUAUACUUGAUGAUUCUAUUUUUUUUUGUAAAUGUCUCUAGUGUUGUGCUUGUGAUCAAGUGAAGAGUCCAAAUGUAUUUUGUUUUAAGUAAAGGAGGUUGGUGCUGUACUUUAUACAUAUCCUGGACACGGGUCAAACUGACCGACGAGCGUCGUAAUCUUUUCCGUUCGGACCGAACUUGAUUAAAAAAAAAAAAAUUCAAUUCGUCCAAUCUUUUGUUUCUUGAUGAGCAACCGGCUCCUCACCAAUGUGAUGUUGAUGUUUGUCAUAUUUUAUGAAUUAAAAGAAAACCCUGAAGUACAAA